AUGCUGAUCUUCAAGGAUGCUUUCACAGAUGACGAGCUUUGCUCGGAUUCUUUCCCUAUGAAAUUAGUUGACGGUAUCAUUUGGGAAUUCAAAGGCAGGCAGGUGGUGCGGAAGGAAGGUGAUAUUAUUCUUGCCGGAGCAAACCCUUCAGCUGAAGAGGAAAAUAUGGAUGAAGGUACAGAGGAACAUGUUGAAAGGGGAAUUGACUUCGUAUUGAACCAUCAUCUGCAGGAAAUGAACUGCUACGAAGAUAUAUCAGUAUUUAAGUCCUAUGCUAAGACCUUUAUGAAGAAGGUGGUCGAAUUAAUGCAAAAAAAUGGGAAAUCUGAAGCAGAAAUCAAUGAAUUUAAAAAGAAGGUUCAAGCGUGGAUUGUUUCACUGCUUAACAAGGAACGUUUUAAGAAUCUUCAGUUCUUCAUAGGAGAAAAAAUGGCAGAGGGUGCUGGUGAUGGACAAGUAUGUAUCGUCGAAUAUCGUGAUGAGAGCGACGGUGAAGUACCUUAUCUAAUGCUUCUCAAGGAAGCCCUUGUUGAAGAAAAACAGUAA